CUAAAUGACAUGUCAUGUAACGUAAUGUAACAAUAACCUGAAGCAGACAAAAUCACAAAUUAGUCAUAAUUGCAAUAGCAUUUCACUGGAAUCUGAUAAACAAGAGCUUAGUUUGCCCACAGCCCACAAUGAAUAGUCUCAGUUUUGAGAGAAAAGUGUGUUUUUAUAAAUCCACAUAAUAGUUUUAAACCUGUCAGAGAUAACUCUUAUGCUUCUGUCCAGUCCUCUUUAAUGCCUGAUGUGUGUGUAGAGACCUGUGAGUCUCUCUGCAGCAGCCUGGCCUCCCUGGCCCAGUCUGACCACAGCGACAGUCUCCAGACUGAGGCUGAGACGUUAGAGCGAAUCAGUACUUUGACCGGGCUGUGGAGGAAGCGGGCUCUCUUUCUGAAGUUUCGUUCCAGGAUUGACAAACAUCAGCAAAGUAAAGACUCUGUAUUCUUCCGUGAUGGGUUACGUAGGAUAGAUUUUGUCCUGUCCUACGUCGAUGACAAAGACGGCGAGAGAAAACUGGAGAGGAGGAAGUAUUAUGAGGCCAAUUUGGUAAAGGUUGGUCUGGAGCUUGAGACAGAAGAUAAAUCGGAGUCAGAGGAUGGAAAGACUUAUUUUGUGAAGGUCCACGCGCCAUGGGAAGUGUUGGCCACCUACGCAGACGUACUGAAGAUCAAGGUUCCGUUCAAGGUGAACGACAUCCCCGACAACAGCGAGAUGCCCAUGAACUGGCUGUCCACGCCCUUUCGUCUGCCGGAGCAGAUCAUGCAUCCUGAGCCAGACUUUUUCACAGCUCCUUUCAACAAGAGCAAGUCUGACUUCUUCCUCAUCGAUGACAAAGACACAUUCUUUCCACCGUCCACUCGCAACAGGAUAGUCUACUAUAUCCUUUCCCGCUGUUCAUACUUGAGGGAUGAAUGUGCAGAUAAAGACAAGAAGGGAAUCAAGAGGUUACUCAACAACGGCACCUACACUGCUGCCUUUCCCCUGCAUGAUUGUCGAUACUGGACAAAAUCGAGGGAUCCCAACUGUGAAAGUGAGAGAAACAAUCUCUACAAACACUGGGCAGGAUUUAUCUCUUUCUUCAAGGAGCAGCCCCUCAAUCUCAUCAGGAAGUAUUAUGGGGAAAAGAUUGGCAUUUAUUUUGCGUGGCUCGGUUUCUACACGGAGAUGCUGUUGUUUGCUGCAGUUGUGGGGACAAUUUGUUUCAUCUACGGACUCCUCACUUACGACGACAAUGAGUGGAGUAAAGAAAUAUGUAGUGAGGAGAUUGGAGGCCAUAUUGUCAUGUGUCCACUGUGUGACAAGAAAUGUGGCUACUGGAAACUCAACACAACGUGCCACUCCUCAUGGCAAUCACACCUGUUUGACAAUGUGGGAACGGUGUUCUUUGCCAUAUUCAUGGGGAUUUGGGUGACUCUGUUUCUGGAGUUCUGGAAGAGACGGCAGGCCCGACUCGAAUACGAGUGGGAUCUGGUGGACUUUGAGGAGGAGCAACAGCAGCUGCAGCUUCGGCCCGAGUAUGAGACCAAGUGCACCAACCGCAAGAUGAACCGCAUCACGCAGGAAUCAGAGUGGGUUCUUAACAGGACUGCUACAGACAUAAUGGGGAAAUUGUGUCUGUGCUGGGCCACCGUGAUGCUCUGGAUCUCAUUGAUCAUUGCCUGCAUUAUUGGGGUGAUAGCGUACCGCCUGGCAGUGUACGCGGCCUUUGCCAGCAUCAUGAAGGACAGCCCCACCACCAAGGUGCAGGUGGUCGGCGCCUAUAUCACGCCACAGCUGGCCACCUCUGUCACCGCCUCCUGUAUCAACUUUGUCAUCAUCAUGAUCCUCAACCUCAUGUAUGAGAGAGUGGCUGUUUGGAUCACUGACAUGGAGAUUCCAAAGACACACCUGGAGUAUGAGAACAAACUGACAGUGAAGAUGUUCCUCUUCCAGUUCGUCAACUACUACUCCUCCUGCUUCUACGUGGCCUUCUUUAAGGGCAAGUUUGUUGGCUAUCCUGGAAAUUAUGCUUAUAUGUUUGGCAAGUGGAGCAAACUGAGGAACGAAGAGUGUGACCCUGGUGGCUGCCUGAUUGAGUUGACCACGCAGCUGGUGAUAGUGAUGACUGGUAAACAGGUGUGGGGCAACAUACAGGAGGCACUGGUCCCGUGGCUGAUGAACUGGUGGGGCAGCAGGAGGUCACGAAACCACCCAGAGAGUCUUUACAGCCGCUGGGAGCAGGACCAUGAUCUGCAGAGCUUCGGACAGUUGGGUCUCUUUGACGAGUACCUGGAAAUGGUUAUCCAGUUUGGUUUCAUCACACUGUUUGUUGCCUCCUUCCCGCUGGCGCCACUGCUGGCACUUAUCAACAACAUCAUUGAGGUGAGAGUGGAUGCCUGGAAGCUCACCACACAGUUCAGACGUCCAGUGGCAGCCAAGGCCCAUAGCAUCGGAGCCUGGGAGGAAAUCCUCGGUGGGAUAGCGGUCCUCUCUGUUGUCACAAAUGCAUUCAUUGUGGCCUUUACCUCUGACAUGAUUCCUCGGCUUGUGUACAUGUACGCGUACAACACGGAGAAUGAGAUGAAUAUGAAAGGCUACAUCAACAACAGCCUGUCCGUGUUUAAUAUUUCUGAGAUCCCUUUGGAGAACAGCCCUGAGGAAGGAGAGAGCCCACUGUGGUUCAACAGCUCCAUAACUACCUGCAGGUAUCGUGAUUACCGCUAUCCCUCUGGCCAUGAGAAGGAAUACACCCACACUAUGCAGUUUUGGCAUAUUCUGGCUGCCAAACUUGCUUUCAUUAUCAUCAUGGAGCACGUUGUGUUCAUGGUGAAGUUCUUUGUAGCCUGGAUGAUCCCAGAUGUUCCUUCUGACGUGAGGGCUCGGGUAAAGAGAGAGCGCUACCUGGUUCAGGAAUAUCUUCAUAACUACGAAGUGGAGAAGCUGAAGAUCCAGCUGAGCCAACAAAGCAACAAUGACUGUUCCUGUGAACCCACAAUCUAUCCACAUUUAUCUCGACAUGAGGUGCUGUCCGAGUGUCUCUAGCCCAACUGACAGUCAGCUGGACAUGACAGGAUGACACUCUGAUAUAGUUUGCCCUGCUGGUUUAUUAUAACACUGACCAUCACUUUGCUGUAGUGCCUGUGCUGUUUGUGCAGAACACACACAGACAACAUUUGUGGACAUCAUUCUACUAAUCUGCUGAUUGUGGAAGUACACACAGGUAAAAGACCAAGUUUCCUUGCAUGCUGAACGCUGUCUCAUACUUAUAGCUUGUCAUUCUCUGUGUUGUAGUUAAAGGUAAUAAAUAUAUGUGGAUACAUUCGCUGCAAGGAAAGAAAGAAAACACCAAAUAACUUUACCGGUCUUCUUAUGACUGGAUGCCUUAUUUUGAAACCCAUUUACCACUGAUAUCAUUUAUCUGCUGGUGAAAUAACUUCAGGUUUGAAAAUGUGUUUGUAUGUUCAGCCAUAUGAAGGGUUAAACUCUCAUUUACAGUACGUUCUACUUGGUUUAUUUUUGUUUUUACUUUAAAAAAUGCGACUUUUGUCUACUGUGGUCAUCACAAGAAUGCCUCACACUUUUACCAAAUAAUUUUUCAGGAUAGACUGGCAGUUGAAAGGCCUGGUCUCCUUUUGCUGUGAUCUUUUAAUAGCCCAACAAUAGCUCUGAACAUAACUUGACAUGUGAAGUAGGUUUUGAUGAAGACAAAUGUGUGCUGCUGUUAUUACUGUGAGUAAGGGCAGAUCGUGUCCUGCAAGGGCCAGUUGUGGAGCAGUCGUAGCAGCAGCAGCUGUUCACUGUUGACAGUGAGUUUGUGUGUCUGGAGAGAGAAGCAAAAGCUCAGAGAGAGUGAAGAGAUCCCUUUUUAAUGUGCCUCUGUUUACCAACAGAUUGGAGCUAAUGAAAGCCUGCCCCCCGUCUACUCAGCUAUGUUUGCUUCUAAACACAAAGCACAUCAGCCAUCGCCUAGUUCUUGUGCCUCUGGCUUCCUCUCUAUAGUGAAGGAAAGAUACACUUUUUUUUGCACAAAGCACUUAAAAAAACUCACUACUAAGUGUCUUUGUUGUCCUGAGACAAUCUGUCGAAGUCUUUUUAUUUAACUGCAACUGUAAUAGUUUUACUGUUGUAAGUAGUAAGUUGUAAGUUUCGCCUUCUGAUUUUAUUUAUAUCAAAGUUGAAUGCCAACCAGAACCUAACUUCUUUUUUUUUUAAACUAGAUAAAAUAUAUGUCAUAUUUAUUAGGCUGCACACACAUACAAGUAUGGAGAAGAUUUGAAGUAUUUGAAUUUAAAUGUAAAGUAGCCAAAUGGCUGUGCUUUAAAUAAACUCAGGCAUCUAAAUUGUGUUUGUUUGAUUUAUGCAGUAUAUGAAACCACUGUAGCUGAGAGCAAUGUUGGACAGUUAUUGUUUGCCUUUUUUUUCCAUGCCGUGCACUUCGCUAAAAUACAAAUGCCUGUUGAUGCCUUAAUAAAUCCGGUAAGUCCAUUUUCUAUUGAACUUCUUUAAA